AUCAUCGUCAAUCCCCCUCAUCUUUAGACCGUUUUUAUUCGUAUUAUUUUGAUCCUCGAUAUCUCCGCCCGUCUAUAGCCCUUUCUAUUCCAGUUUUGCCAUUUCUCUCUCCGAUUGAAUGCUGUGUCGAGCAUCCAUAAUAGGAAGCUAUCGUUGGUGGGUCCGGGAAUGCAUAAAGCGGCACACGCAGUAUGAUCUUUGAAUACUCUACUUUACAUGGCCAUGGUCUUUGAGACAUGCAGACUUUGCUCAUCGUGCUAAUAUCGUAUGAUAACAGGUAUUGCAGAUGAGAUCGAGUCAACCUGACAUCAUACCUACGGAUGAAGAUCGCAGGGUCAGCCUAGUAGCCGCGUCCGCAUCGGUUCCGUCGACUUACAUAUCGGAACGCUGGACGACCAUGCUAUCCUUCCCUACUUUCCCCUCACACUAGAGCACGAAGAUAAGAGUUGCUCAUUGACCUUGAAACUGAAACAGUAUGGUACAAUAUACCUCGAAGAGUAUACCUCUUGUCAUUGUAGAAGGCUUUCUAGGACGUGCUGAUGCUUCUCUCUGGGGAGGCUUCAAGGAACACUUAAACAAGGAUACCGAUAUACCCAGAGACGUCAUAUUUGUAAGUGUCGGUCCAGUAAGCUCGUUGCACGACCGGGCAUGUGAACUAUUUUAUGCUCUCAAAGGCGGGACAGUGGAUUAUGGCGAAAAACACGCAAGGGCUAACGGACACGCGCGGUACGGCAGGAUUCACGCGGAAGGACUCUAUUCUGGUUGGUCGAGAGAAUCGCCGCUACAUUUCCUUGGUCAUUCCAUAGGUGGACCAACAAUCAUGAAGCUUCAAUGGCUUAUUUCUACUGGUUUCUUCGGAGGCUUGUAUCACCCCGAUAUGCUUCUCUCCGUCACAACAGUCUCCGCGCCCUUUCGUGGCACGCAAGUGGUGUACUUGCUCGGCGAACGAACAGAUACUGCACCUGCGGUGCGAUGGUUAUCUUUGGGAGAUCUACUGGCCAAAGGCAUUCACAUUGGCUCUUAUCUGGCGCCGUUGCUCCCCAAGAUCCUUGACUUUCACACAGAGUCUCGAUCCUUGUCUUUCCAGAAGUCGUCCUUCAUAUCGUUCCUUCAACAACUUUGGCGUAGCGACUGGGCGGAGGGAAGGGACGCUGCUCCCUUUGAUGUUACUUUCCUGGCCUCAGACGAGCGAGAGGCCAAUGAAGAAGGCGCUAUCAACCCGGGAACAUUCUACCGCAGCUAUGCCGCGAAUAUGACUGUAAAGACUUCGGAAGAAAGUAACAUCCACAAACCGUCGGCAGGACAUGCGUUAUACGCACCUGGACUCUACGCGACCUCUUACGCAAUGGGGUCAUUCGAUUUUUCAGACUUGAAGCCUUCACCGACAUUCAUACACGAUGUCGACCGAAAUCCUUCGUAUCACGCUAAUGACGGGGUAGUCCCUGUCUUUUCGCAGUGGCAUCCCCUUGAUUGCGAGUCCACUCAUUGUCGGCAUCUCGAUAUCGCUCCUGAGGAGGAUACAAUAGAACGCGGAACAUGGCACGUUUACGAUCUAGAUGAUGCCAAUCACUUGUCAAUUGCUCCAUUUUGGUUCAACACAUCACGGCAAACAAUGUUCUGGAGAGAGAUGGGACAGUGGUUAUGGAAAGUAGAUGUUGCUCAAUGUAUCUAGUGCUAAUACUGUAUACUUCAUCCAAACGUCCCAUAUUGCAAUCC